AUGCGUUUCCUCCGUCUUGCCUUCUUCCUCCCCAUCCUUUACUUCAUCUGGGCUUGGUUCGACGUCAACGUCCUCCCGACGCUCUACAAGUUCGACCCCAAGGUCCUUCAGGAGGUCUCCCAGAAGGCUAUUGCGGCGCAUGGAAACAACACCGAGGCUUUGUUCGAGGCGUUGGUGUCUGGUUUGAGGGAGGAGUAUGGAGAGCUUGUUGCGCCUCUUGACUACAGCCCGUGGUUCUUCAACAACGCCGGUGGUGCCAUGGGUGCCAUGAUCAUUCUUCACGCGUCUAUCUCCGAGUACCUUAUCAUCUUUGGAACUCCUCUCGAGACUGAGGGUCACUCCGGUAUCCACAUGGCCAACGACUACUUUACUAUCCUCCAGGGUGAGCAGCUCGCGUUCUCUCCUGGAGAGCUUUACGCGCGUUCGUACAAGGCUGGAGAGCAGAACGUCUACCUCCGUGGUGCUCGCGCGCAGUACUCUAUGCCUGAGGGAUGCUGGGCGUUGGAGUUGGCUCAGGGUUGGAUUCCGGCUAUGUUGCCUUUCGGUUUCGCCGACACGUUCUCUUCCACCCUUGACUGGGGAAACUUGUGGACUACUGUUUACGAGACUGCAAGGAUGAUGGGGAGAAGCGCGUUGCAGGGCAAGUUCUAG